AUGCAUGGAGGCCCUGGUGGUGUACUGCUGGUCGGGGAAGGAAGAGGAGCCCUACGUCACCAUCACCCGCAAGCGGCGGCUGCGGAAAGGCUACGAGGUGGAGAUGGAGGAGGAGGUGGGCCACUCGGUGCGCCGGCUGGCCACGCAUCGCAACGCCUUCAAGCGCAUGGCGGUCAUUCAGGCCUUCCUGGGCUCCACCCCACAGCUCACCCUCCAGCUCUACAUCAGCAUCCUGGAGAAGUAUGUCCCUGCUGCCCGAGCUGUCCUCAUGGCCAUCUGCCUGGUGUCAGUCACUUACGGGGCACUCGUCUGCAAUAUCCUGGCCAUCCAGGUCAAGUAUGAUGACUACAAAGUCCAGAUGCGGCCACUGGCCUUCCUCUGCAUCGUGCUGUGGCGCAUCCUGGAGAUCUCCACCCGCGUGGCCGUCCUCGUGCUCUUUAGCACCGUAUUCAAGCACUGGAUCAUUCCCAUCGCCCUAGUCAACCUGCUGGUGGUCUUCUUCUUGCCCUGGGUGCAGUUCUGGCGGAGUGGCACCCGUCUGCCUGAUAACAUCGAGAAGAACUUCAGCCGGGUGGGCACGGUGGUGGUGCUCUGCGCCUUCACCCUCCUCUACGCCAGCAUCAACAUGUUCUGCUGGUCGGCCGUGCAGCUCAAGUUGGCCGACCGGGACCUCAUUGACAAGUCGCAGAACUGGGGCCGCACCCCGCUGCUGGUGGUGCAGCUGCUCCUCGGCUACUGCCUGGGCAUCUACUUCAUGCUCAUCUUCUUCCAGUACCUUCAUCCCUGCCGACAGCUCUUCCGGCACAACGUCGCUGACUUCCUGCACUGUGUCUGCUGCCGCCGGCACCCGCUGGGGACCCCUCUGCGCCUCCAGGCACCCCAUGAGCCCGGCGUGAGGCACAGCAUUGUCUGA